GGUUAUACGUAGGAACAUAAGAGCAAAAAGACAAAACGGUCCCUACUUACGGAAUACGAUUCCUUUACCUCGCCUCGCGCAAGCGGAGCAUGCAGGUCACAAAUACCAUACUUGGAGAGUAGAUAAUGGAACCGAUCACCGCCAAGUCCUUUUGUGAAAAUGUCAACAACCUGAUCACGCGAAGACACCUUGGUGGGGAGGAUGGUGCAAGCUGUAACAUGAUCUCGAACAAAGUAACAGUCAAGCUCAACGUGCUUCCUCCUUUCAUGAAAAACUCGAUUAGCUGCAAUGUGUUGAGCAUCCUGAUUGUCACAAUGAGAGACUGUAGGACUAUAAUAGAAAACACCCAACUCACGAAGAAGUGCACGAAGCUAGGUACCCUCGCUAACGGCACUAGUCAUGGCCUGAUAUUCAUGUUCAGCUGAGGACCGGGAAACAACAGUCUACUUAAUUCGCAAUGAAGUUGGAGCAUCUCCAAAAAUAACAAAGUAUCCGGAGGUUAAACAACAAGUAAGCUGACACCCUGUCCAAUCAGAGUCACAUUAGGCAGUCAACCGCGAGCUUCUAGUAGACGACAAGAGAAUCCCUGUCACGAUGCAUUUUUCAAGUAACAAAGUACCCGUUCUGCGACAGUGACAUGCGCAAAGGAAGGAGAGUGUACGAACCUGCUGAGAAUGCUAACAUAAUAUUUAUGUCGCGGCAAGUAAUAGUAAGAUACUGUAAACAACCAACUAACAGAUGAUAGGUCGAUUGUUCAACCUCACGGGAAGAAGUAGAAGCAUCAUCAUUGUUUGCAGGAGGUCUGGUGAGCUAGUGAUCAUGUUCGACAUGCGUGGAAAUAGGACCCGCCUCCCAUAAGUUCAACAUCAUACAGUAAGUCAAGAGUAUACUUGCGUUGACUUAAGAAUAUACCUUUUUUGGAGCGAGCAAUUAAAAAUUCCAAAAAAUACUUCAAGGGACCCAAAUUCUUGAUGCUGAACUGGUCGUCGCAUUUGGUUUUGAUGUGAUGGAUGAAGUCUUACUUCAUCCUUUGCAAGAACCACGUCAUCUACAAAGAUCAACGUAGUUACAAAAUUGGAGACAGUCUUGCGCAUGAACAUUGAUUAGUCAGCACGAGUUCGAGUGAAACACAUGCUGAGAAGAGUAGAGGUAAACUUAACAUACCAGUUGGAGAUGCCUGUUUCAAACCAUAGAACGACUUAUGCAGUCGACAAGCUCGAGGGUCCCCUGGAGCUGCAAAACCUUGAGGAAUCUUCAUGUAGACUUUCUUUUUGAGAUCACCAUGCAAAAAGGUAUUGUUCACGCCGAGUUGAUGAACAACCCAACCGUGAACAGGUGCAACUACAAGCAAAGCGCGGACACUCGCCAGCUUCACAAUAGGUGCAUAUGUGUCAUGGUAGUCGAUACCUUCAAUUUGGGUAAACCCUUUUGCGACAAGACGAGUCUUAUAGCGCUCCACAGUCCCAUCCCGAUGUUAUUUAAUUUUAUACUCUCACUUGGGUGUGAUCUCCUUCUUCCCUGGUGCUAAAGGGACAAGAGAACAGGUAUGAUUCACCUCCAAGGCAUCCAUUUUGUGUUUCAUGGCCGUGCGGUACUCGACUCUCUAAAACACAACACCAAACUAUGACCAAGUGUAAUCGCAAUAUGGAAAUGGAGUAUAGUGGGUUCAGUUUUACUUGUCAACUCGGGUCCUAGAUUUACCGUCUACUCCGUGUAAUUCUGUUCUACCGGUAAAAGUCGAGUGAGAAUGAAUUUAAACUAAGCAGAAAGAAAGCAACAAGUUGUUCGGUGAUUCGGGCCUAAUUGUAUACUUUUUACCUCUGUUUUCAUUAUAUGUUUGUGGCACUUUUAGUUCGUGAGCAAUGCAGUUAAAAGCGCGAUUCUACCUAGAAGCGGAAAAAAGGGUAAAAUCUUAAAGAGUAGAAUUAAAACGUAAAAGCGUAA